AUGACUCUCCACAUUGAAAAGUACGUGGGCAAUCACCCGAAACCCGAUGUCACCCUCAAGUAUGGUACUGCUGGCUUGCGGUCGAAGCUGGCGGUGCUUGACUACGCCACCUACAUCGUUGGGAUCGUCGCCGCUCUCAGAUCGAAGCAGUUGAACGGUCAAGUGAUCGGGUGCAUGGUCACCGCCUCUCACAACCCCCCUGAAGACAACGGGGUUAAGGUGGUGGACCCUAUGGGGACAAUGCUUGUUUCUCAAUGGGAGGAUAUCGCCACUACCCUUGCCAACACUGAACCGUCUCAAUUGCAAGCGACGGUUGAAAAAGUGAUCGCUGACCAGAAGAUUGACAUGAAAAAAGAAGGUCACGUCCUCAUUGCCAUGGAUACUCGGGAACUGUCGCCUCAAUUGGUUCAAUCGUGCAUUGAAGGGUUCGAACUGGUCGGGAACACCACCUACAAGGACUACGGUUUAUUGACCACUCCCCAGCUUCAUUAUCUCGUUCGCACCGCUAACGACAAGACCUACGGCGAGUGCUCGGAGACUGGUUACUAUGACAAGAUGGUGCACGCCUUUGAGCAAAUCCACCAGUUGGGUGACCAACAGCCUGUGAGUAUCACCAUUGACUGCGCCAACGGGGUUGGGGCUCCUGCCAUGGAAAAAUUCAAACGGGUUCUCAACCGGAUAGAUAUUACCUUGGUUAACACUAACAUCGAGGACCCUCUCAAGCUCAAUGUCCUGUGUGGGGCUGACUACGUCAAGACUAACCAGAAAUUGCCCGCGGGGGUGUCUCCCAAGCCCAAUGUGCUUUACGCAUCGUUCGACGGUGACGCUGAUCGGCUCAUCUGCUACUUCACUGACGAUAAUGGUGGCUUCCACCUUUUGGACGGUGACAAGAUGUCAACACUUAUCGCACUUGUUAUGCAACAAUUAUUCAACGAUCUUCCUCUGCUUGCAGACCAAUUGAAAAUCGGGGUGGUACAAACUGCGUACGCCAAUGGUUCCUCUACCAACUACAUUCAAAAUACCCUCAAGCUUCCGGUAGAAUGUACCCCCACUGGGGUGAAGCACUUGCAUCACGCUGCCGAAAACUUCGACAUUGGUAUAUAUUUUGAAGCUAAUGGUCACGGUACCGUAUGCUUCUCGAAGAAGGCCGAAGAAGCCAUUGACGCCUACAAGCCUGAGGGUGAAGUUGAUGGAAGAGCCGCAACCAUCUUGAAGGCACUCAGCAACUUGAUCAACCAAACUGUGGGUGAUGCUAUCUCGGAUCUUCUCACCAUCUUGGCGAUCUUGCACUACUUGCGCCUUUCGCCUCAACAAUGGGAUGAGGCUUACACUGAUUUGCCGAACAAGUUGAUUAAGGUGAUCGUGCCCGAUAGAACCAUCUUCAAGACUACCGACGCUGAGCGUAAGUUGGUGGAACCCGCUGGUUUGCAGUCGAAGAUCGAUGAACUUGUGGCCAAAUACCCUCAAGGCCGGUCGUUUGUUCGUGCAAGUGGAACCGAGGACGCCGUUCGGGUAUAUGCUGAAGCCGCGAAGCCCGAGCAUGCUCAGGAGUUGGUGGCCCUGGUGGGGCAGCUUGUCGAGUAA